UAUUGGUUCAGUUGGGUUUUGUCGCUCUCGUUGUGAACAUCGUGUCGCGGUUAACAAAAAUAUGUCUUCAAAAGCAAAGGAGGAAGAAAGAAAAUUUAUUCUAGAGUGCAUCGAUAUGUAUCGGUCGUUACCGGCUCUGUGGAAUGUGAAGAGUAAAUACUAUAGUAAUAAAAUUAUAAAAAAUCAGCAGUACGAUCAAUUACUCCGAAAAUAUAAAGAAUAUUAUCCAAAUGCUGAUAAGUCGCAAUUAGUUAAAAAAAUCAAUUCGCUCCGCACUAACUUCAGAAAAGAGUUAAAACGUAUGACGGAUGCUGAAAAAAGCGGUGCUGGGACAGGCACACUACCAACAUUAUGGUAUUAUACAGAAAUGCAAUUUCUUGUGGGCCAGGACGAACCUAAUACUUUACAAAGGGAAGAACGUGAUGACAAGGAAGAAGCUGAAAACUAUAUCAAUAAUGUGGACAGGGGUAGCUCAAAGACUACUUCAACAAUUUGUCGCGAAAAGAAGGAACCACCCAAAAAGAAGAGAAGAAAACUCGAUGAGUUCAAAGAAUUAAUUUCAUUGGCACGUAAACACCUUGAAAAACCUCAGAAUGAUUAUGAGAAAAUUGCUUCUGCCUGGGCAGUAGAAUUAGCAAAAAUGGCGCCACGACAACAAAUUUUUGCAAAAAAGGCCAUUAACGACGUCUUGUUUGAAGGUCAAAUGGGAACGCUGGACAGGGAUUCUGUACAAAUUAAUAUUUUCAGUGGUGCAUCGACUCUCCAUGUUCAACCAAGUCCCGUGUUUUAUGAUAGUACAUAACAUAUCAAUUGAACAACAACCAAAUAACAUGAACAAUUUGGAGUCUUCUACAGUUUGUCACUACUUACUACUUAUCCUUUUCCACAUAUCAAUAAAAUAAUACGUAGAUUAUACAGUAAACUAACAUAUAUGUAAAAUAAAUUUUGU